AUGUCUCCUCCGCUGCAGAAACCGUUCGAGUACCCAGCAGCCCACUCAGGCUUUGGCUUUUCGGACGAGGACCCCGACCUACAAGACGAGAGCGACGACAAUCUAGACGAAGCCUCUCUGUCCAACGGUAAUUACAGCCCUCCAGCCUGGAGAAGACUCUCGAAUGGCGAUCGAUGGUAUGGCAAUUGGCGCGAAAGUAGAGAUAUUCUGGGACGUUUCGAACAGCCGCGGCGCAUGAACACCAAUCACAACAAUAGCAUCUUUCAGAAUGACAUCUUUGAGGCAGCGCGUAGGACACGUUUGCCCACAGGAAGUCUUAGUCCUGAAAAAGGGGUAACGCCGGAUCCCGGUGCACCCAAUGAAGAUGAUACCCUCGUCAAGACAAAGAGCGAGCCGCCCUCAGAUAGGCAUUUAAAUCGGGGAACUAACGCGAUAGUUUCCAUGUCACCCGAUAUCGCCAGUGACAACUAUAUUCGACUGGCACUGCGUGCCGACAUUCAACAACGGACAGAACCCAUCGAGGCCGCUGUGAAUUUCAUACGGAAUAGGACCAAGAUGAUUACCAAGUCAUGGGGGAACAUCAUCCUCUCAAUCCUCGUCGCGAUUCUGUCGAUGACCGCAGUCAGGUCAUUAUUCCAACCUGUCCCACCACGUCCAUCGCCUGAUCUAGUCAAGGUAGCGGGUAUUGCGCGCUCCUUCGAACCAUUGAUCUAUUACUCGGAAAAUGGCGUCAAUCAGGUUGGGGAUCUUCAAGCGACUGGUAUCGCAGUGUGGGACCUUGGAGAGAGCGUGCGACAAAGUAACAUGACGUCCGCGCCCAUCAUUACGAAGUCCCUCGACGAUCUAUCGGACAACUUGAAGACCCUGGCCAUCGAGCUUACCAAAUUUUUCGCCAGUGUCGACGGCGAUAUCGACAGUAUCUUGAUUGUGAUGGACUGGGCGCGACGUGAGUUAGCUCAGUUGCAAGAUGUGCGAAGUCCGCCUCUUUCUAUCGCCUUUGCCAAUAUCCAUAAUGUUUUCUGCGCGAUCGGGAUUUUUGAGAAUCCAGCUACGGGAAUGCCGACUCAAUUAGGCAAUGUAGCGACAGCGAUGUUCGGCAUGUCGCAUCCGCAGAGAACCCGCACCACUCUACAACGUACAUUUACGGAAUUCUUGUCAGUUCUUGAAGAAGCUAUUGAGAACGAGUUACAGCAUUCACUAGCGCUCUUCGGUCUUUUUGAAGCUAUAGAUCGGCAGUUCUUAAACCUAGCGCGCGUCGUGGUGCGCGAGUCGUCGCAGCAGGACGAGGAGCACGCCGAUUUCCUUUCGUCACUAUGGACGCGUAUUUUAGGGCCAAAGGCUAGCGAAGUCAAGAAAUACGAGCGAAACCGUGAUCUGCUUCAGGACGUGCGCGAGAGGACGGUGCGCAACAAGGGAGUCCUGCUAGAACACAACGGCAAGCUACUCAGCCUGAAGGCGAACCUCGAGAUUUUGAGAAGAAAGCUCGUCUCGCCGCUGGUAAGAAGUGUCAAUUCUAGCACGCUCACGCUCGAGGAGCAGAUCAAGGGCCUCGAAGAUGUCGGCGUAUACCUCGAGGGUGUGCGCUCAAGGCAGAAAACCAAGCUCAUCGAGAUGAUAUACGGAAGUAACAGCGGCAGAGGUGGUAUACCUGGAGGCCCGAGGUUGAUUGAUGAACAUGGGCGUUAG